GUCAGCAGGGGGUCCAACUAACCGAACCUCCAAACCGACGCAUCCCAGUAACAAACCGAACAGUGAAGUACGACGACGCAGAACUAACUGGAUGACCUGUAAAUAGCCGUCGCUUUGGAAUAUUAUUUUACCCACAGUAUAACAACAGGAUGAGCUGCUGAUACAGUUUUCUCUGUAAAUACUGGAUCGGUCACCUUCACCAUGUCAGCUGACAGGGAGGUCAACGCCGACAUGGCCGACGACAACAAACUGGUACGACCAAAAGUAGAGUUUUGUUCGUUACUUCAACAUGCCGGAGCCACGAAAGAUGUUUUCACCAUGAAGGAGGUGAUGUUCUACCUGGGUCAGUACAUCAUCCAGAAGCAGCUGUACGACCAGAAGCAGCAGCACAUCGUCCACUGUUCCCAGGAUGCACUGGGGCGAGUCCUGGGGGUCGACAGCUUCUCCGUCAAAGAGCCUCGAGUUCUGUUUGCCAUGAUAACCAAGAACCUGGUGACUGUAAGAACCCAAGAGUCAACAACAAACUCCAGUGAAGCUCACAGCAACAGCCAGCCAGACAGAGGAACAGAGGAGGCAGACACAGAAAGUCGCUGUUCGUCACCAGACAGGAGGAGGAGGAGGAGAAGGAGGAGGAGGAGGAGCUGCAGGAGCAGCGAUCCAGGUCCGUCUCACAGCCUGGAGGACGAUGAGGAUGAGGAGGAGUCUGAGGAGGAGGAGGAGGAAGGAGAAGGCAGGAAGAGGAGGAGGUCCGACAGCUACUCCCUAACGUUUGACGACAGCCUGUCCUGGUGUGUGAUUGGAGGACUGGUAGGAGGGCGGGACAGAGGCAGCAGCCAUUCAUCGGACUCCCACAGCACAUCGGGGAGGUCGGAGGUCACCGUCGCAGCUUCAGACUCCGACAGCGACAAUUUCAGCGUCGAGUUCGAGGUCGAGUCGGUGGAUUCAGACGAUUAUAACGAAGACGACGCUUCUCUCUCUGCAGACGAUCAGGUGUACGAGGUCACCAUCUUUGAAGCCGAGGAUGACGACUCCUUCGAUGAAGACACAGAGAUUUCUGAAGCUUCGCCGUCUUCCUGCCUGCACCUGCUCUCUGAUAACCAGGACUACUGGCGCUGUAUGAAGUGUGACGAGCUCAACCCUCCUCUACCCAGAAACUGUCAGCGCUGCUGGACUCUGCGUCAGGAUUGGCUGCCCGAGGUGUCCGUCAACCUCGCCUCCUCCAGUCCUAAAGCCCUGCCCACAAAGCCAAGCAAACAAUCAGCUGCCAAACAGGCUCCAGGUUCUGACGUCGAGGAGACUGAAGGAGUUGAUGUUCCAGAUGGGAAAAGAGCUAAAACUCCUGUCCAAUCCCAGUGUGUGUCAGACUCCACCUCCUCUGCUCCAAACUCCCAGGAUCUCUUCUCAGAACCUUCCUCCUCCUCCUCCUCCUCACAGGAGAAGCUCUGGACUCCCGACUCUCAGCCGUCAUCCUCCAUGGACUCCCAGGAGCUCCUCCCAUCCUCGCCUCCUGCUCCGUCGUCGGUCCCAGAUCUGGAGCGCAGCGUGUCGGCCGAGUGGCGGCUGCCGGACUCGUGUCUGGACCCCUGCCUCAUCUGCCAGUCCCGGCCCAAGAACGGCUGCAUCGUCCACGGCCGGACCGGACACCUCAUGUCCUGCUACGUCUGCGCCAGGAAGCUGAAGAAGAGGAACAAGCUGUGUCCGGUCUGCAGGCUGCCCAUCCAGUCCGUGGUCCUCACCUACCUCAGCUGAGACCCCCGGUGGUCCUCAACCCGCAGACAGCAGAUAAUGAAGGUCUAGUGUUCCUGCAGGACACAGAUCUAACCCAGUUCCAUAGAUUUACAUUUACCAAACACCAGUUUGGUCCGUAGGCACAUCUUGAAGGCUUCGGACACAUGCACAACCCUUUUACAAUCAUUUUUAUUUUAAUUUCUAAAAAUAGAGAUCUAAAAUAUAGAAAACCAGCAGUUACCUAUUAAAUUGCGCUUGAAAGUAAAAAUCAUUAAAUAUUUUUCUGCCUCAGCUGAACUUGCUCACACACUCCUGAGUCAUCUAAGCUCAGAUGACCAGAAUGUUUUGUGUUUAGUUUCUCUAAAAAUGAGCAAAUAAACAUUCUGAUGUCUGCUCUCUUUGAAAAUGUUGCUUUAAAUCUCGUUCCAACUUCUGGCAACGCUUUAUUUUACCGGCGUUUCAGUUCUUUCAAAGAAAGAAGUAAAUUUCCAUGUAUAAUUUAUCAGCCGUGUAAUAUACGAGUAUAUUGGAACAUUUCUCUAUUUUCUGUUUUAUUGGUACCAAAUGCUGUCUUGUUUAAUUUGCAGGAAAUUUCCUAGAAAGUUACUGCCGUUAAAAUAAAGCGUGAGCCAAGAACAGUUUUAUUUAUUAUUUGUUUAUUUAAGAUGCUUGAGUUUAUUUAAGACGCUUUUCUAAGAGCUCUUGAAAUGACAAUAAGAAUAAGAAGUGGAGAUUUCUAAUGUUUUCUGUGAAACUGAUUAAAGUUUAUGAUCUCAUCGUUAA